AUGUUAACUGAAAAAAGCCUUGAUGAUAGCUUAAAUGAUUCAUUGCAGCCUUCAUAAUUGAAGAAUCUUGAAGAAGAGUUUGAGACUAAUUAAAUGAUCAACCAAGAAAGUUCCGUCAAAUUAGUAAAUAACUCAUCUUAUAAUUAUGUUAAACCUUAAUGUUCAUAUAGAUAUACAUAUUCAUCUGAAGAACACUCAUCAGAUGAAGAGGAAAGUUAAUAAUCAAAAUUUCAAUAACAACCAUAAUUUUUGACUUUUGGAUAAAUAGAUUCUAACUUGGGGGAAAUUAAAGAAUUGAUUAAAUAGCACAACUAUCAAUAAGCAUAUUAAUAAUUAGUUAUAUUUCAAGAGGCAAAAUAAGACUAAUUGUCAUAAGAAAAUAAAUAAUAUUUGCAGUACCUCUUCACCUAAAUAUACUUUGGAUUGUAAAUGUAUCGUGAGAUGUUUUAAAUUGCAAACUAAAUCAUCAAUUAUGAUCGAGAUUAUGUUGAUCAUACAUUAGAUAUGCUAAUCAAUGCCUCUUUGUUGAUUAAUAAUUUAGAACUAGCCCUUUAAUAUUAGCUCCAAUUAAUUAAUAGAUCAAAUUAUGAUUAAAAUGAGUAAUUAAGACUUGGUAAAAUUUACAUGCUAUUGGGAAAACCAGUGGAAGCAUAUUUUAGCUUUUUGGGGUCAUAUAAGGCUGGAAAUUAAGAAGCUUUAGAAUAAUUAAUCGAAAUUGGAAAUGAUGUGGAUUAAAGGGCUUUUCCAGGACUUGCUUAUAAGUAUAUUAAUAAUAAAAGCUAAAAAAACCAUAAAGUGUUAGCAAAAACUCUGUUUACUCUUGCAAAAAUUGAGUACCCAAAUAAAACCUCUUUACAGCAUUAGGAAUAAGGAUAUUCCAUUUUAGUUUAAGUAAAUGGGAUGAAUGAUUAAAACACAAUCAAAGCCCUAUGUAACUUAGCAUGUAUGAGACUAUAAUUCUAAUAAUGGUAAGAAGCAGAAAAGGAUUUUGAACUUUGCUUAUAAAUAAUUUCACAAUUAGAAGGAUAAGCUAAUAAAUAAUUUAUUUUUUGUUUGUAGAAGUUUUCUUAAUGCCUAUAUUAAUCAAAAAAAUAUGAAUAAUCUUUAGAAACACUUGAAAGAUGCUUUAAUUUAGCUUCCUAAUCACUAAAUGUUAUAAAGAAAGAAUUUUUGGAUAGAUUGCUGUUUAAUAACGCAUAUAUUAAAAUCACUAUGAAACAAAAUUGCUCUGAUAUUUUGGCAAAAUUAAUUACAACUUAAAAUUCAGUAUUGUUGAAUGAAAUUGGAAUUAUUUUAUAAAAGCACGAAUACAUUGAUGAAGCCAUUGAAUUAUAUAAUGAAGCAUUAAAUUGGAGUACAAAUGAUCAACAUGUUUUAAUUAGUUUUAACUUAGCAGGUUGUUAUGGAUUAAAAAAGGAUUAUACAAGGAGUGUUGAUCUCUAUAAAUAAUGUUCAAUUGAGAUGGAUGAUAGAUUAAAGUGCGACAUUGAACGAAAAAUAAGUUAAGUGUAUUAUUCCUGUUCAAAAUUCAGAGAAUCUUUGUUUCAUUUAAAAAGAGCAUAUCAAUUAGCAAAGGAGUUCAAUUUGGAUUGUAUCUCGGAAAUUAAAUAAGAAUUAAAAAAAUUUUGA